AUGCGUUUGAAUUUACCAGUUGGAUCUCCAACGCUUUCAACAAAGACACAGGACUCUUCAAACGGAUUUAUACCUAAAAUAUCAAGAGCACCAAAUUCUGCAGCAAAUGUUUGUCUUACUGGAUAUCAAGGAGAUAAUUGUGAUAUAAAGUGUCGAUAUCCUAAUUACGGUGAUGGUUGUCAAUCAAUAUGUUUGUGCGAGAAAGAACACUGUUAUCAUGACACAGGAUGUAAAGGUUCAGAUGAAAGAACAACAAAUAAUUUUACCUUCAAUGAUGUUCAUGUUACCAAUGGAGUCUCUUCUUCAUAUUCAUCCCUGAGCACAAAAAUGAUAGGAAACAUGACCAUCAAUGACAUUGAUAGCUCUAGUAAAGAAAGUAGCCUUCCAUUUUCAAUCCGUGAUGAGGUGUGCAAAGAGUGGGAUUCUUCACAGAACAAAUGUGCAGAAUGCAAUACUGGAUAUUUUGGUCAGAACUGUCGGCGACCUUGCCGCUAUCCUAACUACGGGAAAGGUUGUCAGAUGCGGUGUAACUGUGAGAAAGAGAACUGUAGCUCCAAAACAGGAUGUGAAGAUGGUUCUUUAACGGUUUCACCUGAUGAGGUUCCAAAUAUUUCAAACAUGUCUCUUCCUGAAUUUACAAUCCCCGUAUUUUAUAAAGUAUGUCCACCUGGGUAUUUUGGUGAAAGAUGCAAAUUACCUUGCCGGUAUCCAAAUUACGGCAUCGAGUGUCAGUUAAAAUGUAAAUGCAGAAGACCUGGAUAUUGUGAUCAUGUAAAAGGAUGUUUAGACUCAAGUAGACUUUGCAGUAAUACAAAACAUCCAGGAAGAAGAGACGCAAUGUUGUACAGCACCAUUGUCCUCUGUAUUAUAGCAAUCUUCCAGUUUAUAUUUUAUAUCUAUCUUUCAUUUUUCUACAAAACAAGACUGCAUCUGGUUUGUUGUACACUGUAACCUAAAGAAUACAGAACUAUGCAGCAACUAUGGAUUCUUGAUAGAUAUAAUUUUUUUUUUUUCUGUAUUUAUUUCUAUAGUUUAAAUCGAUAUUAUUAUUAUCAUUAUAUUAUUAUUAUUAUUAAGUCUUUAAAGUCAUUUAAAUAUUUCCCUAUCAUUGGAAC